AUGAAACUCGAAAUUUUUCUUAAUUUUUUUAUAUUAGUUGCAGUAAAAUGUGUGAUAGCCUCCGUAAACUUCACUGGUUUAGAUACAAAAAAUAUAAAAGGCAAAUACAAAGAAUUAGAAAGUUCUUUUAAAAAAGAAAAUACAAACAAGCUAUUUCUGAAUGAAUUAAAGAAAUCUAAUUACAAAAACAUUAAUGUUAUAGCAUUAAGCACGUCAAGACACUACUUUAAUUAUAGGCAUACAAGUAAUUUAUUGAUAGCAUAUAAAUAUCUGAAAAAUUUAGGUGAUAUUAUGGAUAAAAAUAUCUUACUUAUGAUUCCAUUUGAUCAAGCUUGUGAUUGUAGAAAUAUAAUAGAAGGUACGAUUUUUAAAGAAUAUGAAGAGUUUCCUGGAGAAAAUAUUGAUGGGAAAAAAGAAAAUCCUAAUUUAUACAAAAAUUUAGAUAUUGACUAUAAAAAUAAUAAUGUAAGAGAUGAACAGAUCAGAAGAGUUAUUAGACAUAGAUAUGACGGUUUUACCCCCCAAAAAAAUAGACUGUAUACUAAUGGAGAUAAAAAAAAAAAUUUAUUUAUUUAUAUGACUGGUCAUGGCGGAGUCAAUUUUUUAAAAAUUCAAGAGUUUAAUAUUAUGAGUUCUUCUGAAUUUAAUUUAUAUAUACAAGAAUUACUUAUAAAAAACAUUUAUAAAUAUAUUUUUGUAAUAAUUGAUACUUGUCAAGGGUAUAGUUUUUAUGAUGAUGUAUUAAAAUUUAUAUAUAAAAAUAAAAUAAAUAAUGUGUUUUUGUUAUCAUCAUCUAACAGAACUGAAAAUAGCUACAGCUUAUUUUCAAGUAAAUAUUUGAGUGUGUCUACAGUAGAUAGAUUUACCUACAAUUUUUUUAACUAUUUAGAAAAUAUUUAUAGAAUAUACCCAACUGAACCACAUAAAAGUGCUAAAUCCUUUUCUCUAUACAAUAUUUUGAAUUAUUUAAAAACUCAAGAUAUAAUAUCGGAACCAACAAUAAAUAAUUCUAAUUUUAGUUCAUCAACAUUCUUGCAUGAUAAAAAUAUUCUUUUUUAUAAUUCUAAUUUAUUAAUUAUAAGUAGAGAUUUAUAUGAAUCUGAAUAUAAACAAGGGUAUAUGAAAAAAAAAGAAGAAAGAUUAAGUUUUCAAAAUAUAUGCCUUGGUGAUUUAAGUUUUUGCGGGCAUAUAAAAAGCAAUAUAUAUAGAAAUAUGAUAAGUUUAUAUGAGAAUAGAAGCUACUAUAGCGUUACAGAAACCUACUUGGAUGAGGAAACAUAUUUCACUGAUUACUAUUUUACUUCUAAGGCCGUUGACACUAAUUAUUCAAUAAAAAUAUUACUUGUUUUGUUUUUCAUAUUACUCUUCAUACUUUUUUUUUUUUUUAAGUGA